AUGGCGUCCCAGACUCCGGCCGUUGUCAUGGACAACGGUACCGGUUACUCCAAGCUCGGUUUCGCCGGUAACGAUUCACCCUCUUUCGUCUUUCCUACUGCGAUUGCCAGCAAGGUAGGCGCCGGAAGCGCGGGCAGUUCCGCCAGCCGACCACCUGUUGCCAAUAAGCCAUCGUUCCUCGGGGGAGGGUCUGGGUCAAGCUCGAACUUGUCCGCAAAGCGUGGAACUGAGGAUUUGGAUUUCUUCAUCGGUGAUGAAGCUCUGGCGGCUGCCAAUGGGCCUGGUUACGGUAUCAACUACCCGAUUCGCCACGGACAGAUCGAAAACUGGGAUGCUAUGGAACGUUUCUGGUCCAAUUCGAUCUUCAAGUACCUGCGCGUCGAGCCCGAAGAUCACUACUUCCUGCUUACUGAACCGCCCCUGAAUCCUCCUGAGAACCGCGAGAACACCGCAGAGAUCAUGUUCGAGUCGUUCAACUGUGCUGGUCUUUACAUUGCCGUUCAAGCGGUGCUCGCCCUCGCUGCUUCAUGGACGUCCUCUAAAGUGACCGAUCGAUCCCUUACUGGAACGGUCAUUGACUCUGGUGAUGGUGUUACCCAUGUCAUUCCUGUCGCGGAAGGCUACGUCAUCGGAUCAUCCAUCAAGAGUAUCCCAAUCGCUGGUCGAGACAUUACCUACUUCGUACAGAGCUUGCUGCGCGACCGAGGCGAGCCGGAUAGCAGCUUGAAGACGGCAGAGCGGGUCAAGGAGGAGUACUGUUAUGUGUGCCCUGACAUCGUCAAGGAGUUUGCCCGCUAUGACCGCGAGCCCGACCGGUUUCUGAAGCAUACCGUGACCUCCCCUAACGGCCGGAGCGUGACCAUUGACAUCGGCUACGAGCGUUUCCUUGCUCCAGAGAUCUUCUUCAACCCUGAAAUCUACUCUUCCGACUUCCUGACUCCCUUGCCGCAAGUCGUUGACGGCGUUAUUCAGUCCUCACCCAUCGAUGUCCGGAGAGGCCUUUACAAGAAUAUCGUCUUGUCUGGUGGAUCGACCUUGUACAAGGACUUUGGCCGUCGUUUACAGCGCGAUAUCCGACACCUGGUAGAUGCUCGUAUUCGCGCCUCGGAAGCUCGCAGCGGUGGUGCUAAGAGUGGCGGUCUGGACGUGGCUGUUGUGACACACAAGAGACAGAGACACGGCCCCUGGUUCGGUGGCAGUCUGCUAGGACAGACCCCUGAAUUCCGGAGCUACUGCCACACCAAGGCAGAAUAUGAUGAGAUUGGUCCCAGCAUUGUCCGCAGAUUUGCCCUCCUGGGUGGUCCUGGAAGCACCUAA